AUGUGCAAGCACUUUGGCGCCGAGGGCCACUCGUCCAUUGACAUUACCAAGGGCCGUGAGGUGCUGCCCGUCAAUGUCAAGCCUAUUCACUAUGACUUGACGCUGGAGCCAGACUUUGCCAACUUCACCUACCAAGGCACCGUCACCAUCGAUCUAGACGUCGUCGACGACACCACCUCCAUCUCCCUCAACACCAACGAGCUCAAGAUUCACUCGACCAAGGUCACGGCUGGCCAGCAAGUCAUCACCGAAUCGCCCAAUGUCACCACCGACGACGAUGCGCAGACGACCAAGGUCAGCUUCGACCAGACCAUCCCCGGCGGCAGCAAGGCGAAGCUUACCAUGACCUUCUCCGGCGUCCUCAACGACAACAUGGCCGGUUUCUACCGCUCGUCCUUCAAGGCCGCCGACGGCUCGACCACAUACAUGGCGACCAGCCAGAUGGAGCCCACGGAUGCCAGGCGGGCGUUCCCCUGCUUCGACGAGCCAGCCCUCAAGGCCAAGUUCACCGUCACGCUCAUCGCCGAUGACAAGAUGACCUGUCUCAGCAACAUGGACGUGGCGUCGGAGAAGCGAGUCGACAGCACCAUCUCGGGUGGAAAGCGCAAAGCCGUCACCUUCAAUCCGACGCCCCUCAUGUCAACAUACCUCCUGUGCUUCAUCGUCGGCGAGCUCAACUACAUCGAGACGAACAACUUCCGCGUCCCUGUACGAGUCUAUGCUCCCAAGGACCGAGACAUUGAGCAUGGCCGGUUUUCGCUCGAGCUGGCCGCAAAGACGCUGGAGUUUUACGAGAAGACCUUUGACAGUCCCUUCCCACUCCCUAAGAUGGACAUGGUUGCUAUUCCCGACUUUAGUGCAGGUGCCAUGGAGAACUGGGGCCUCGUCACCUACCGCGUUGUAGAUGUGCUUAUUGACGAAAAGGUCAGUGGUGCUGCUACCAAGCAGCGCGUUGCCGAGACGGUGCAGCACGAGCUCGCGCAUCAAUGGUUCGGCAAUCUCGUAACCAUGGACUUCUGGGACGGCUUGUGGCUUAACGAAGGAUUCGCAACCUGGAUGUCGUGGUACUCCUGCAACGUCUUCUACCCCGACUGGAAGGUCUGGGAAGGUUAUGUUACGGACAACCUGGCUAGCGCACUCUCGCUCGACUCUCUACGCAGCAGUCAUCCCAUUGAGGUGCCUGUGAAGCGCGCAGACGAGAUCAAUCAGAUUUUCGACGCCAUCUCCUACUCCAAGGGCUCUAGUGUCAUUCGCAUGAUUUCCAAAUAUGUCGGAGAGGACACCUUCAUGGAGGGUAUUCGCCGCUACCUUAAGAAGCACGCCUAUGGCAACACGGAGACCGGCGACCUGUGGGCUGCCUUGACUGAUGCCAGUGGCAAAGAUGUUGGCAAGGUCAUGGAUAUCUGGACCAAAAAGGUCGGAUUCCCAGUCGUUACCGUGACCGAGGGCGCCGACUCUAUCCACCUCAAGCAAAACCGCUUCCUCCGUACAGCCGACGUCAAGCCAGAAGAAGACCAGACCCUGUAUCCAGUCUUCCUCGCGCUGAGGACUAAAGAAGGGGUUGACGAGGACUUGACGCUUUUCGAUCGCGAAGCCGACUUCAAGCUCAAGGACCUCGACUUCUUCAAGCUUAACGCAGACCACUCUGGUCUUUACCGAACCUCAUACACGCCAGAGAGAUUGAGGAAACUUGGAAUUUCGGCCAAGGAGGGCCUCUUGACGGUUGAGGACAGAGCUGGUAUGAUUGCUGAUGCUGGCUCUCUGGCCGCGUCUGGCUAUCAAAAGACGUCUGGCAUUCUCUCGCUCCUGGACAGCUUCAAACAUGAGGCAGAGUUCGUCGUUUGGGGGGAGAUUACUGGUCGCAUUGGUUCGCUCCGGGGCGCAUGGAUGUUCGAGGACCAGAAGAUCAGGGAUGCUCUGAAGAAGUUCCAGUUAGAGCUCAGUGCAGAGAAGGCACAUGAGCUGGGAUGGACGUUUGAUGAAAAAGACGGCCAUAUCGAGCAACAAUUCAAAGGUCUCAUGUUCGGUGCUGCCGGUAUCGCCGGAGACGAGAAGAUUACCAAGGCAUCAUUCGACAUGUUUGAGAAGUUUAAAGCAGGUGACAAGUCUGCCAUCCACCCCAACAUCCGCGGCAGCGUAUAUGCUAUUGUGUUGGCGAAUGGUGGGCAAGAAGAAUACGACGUCAUUGUCAACGAGACACGAACCGCCGCCACAAGUGACGAGCGCAACUCGGCUCUUCGCGCGCUCGGUCGUGCCAAGUCGCCAGAGCUCAUCCAGCGCACGCUCGCCAUGGCCCUCAGUGACGAAGUCAAGGGCCAAGACAUCUACCUGCCCAUUGCUGCCUUGAGGUCACACGCAGAGGGCUGUCACGCGCUUUGGAAGUGGGUCAAGGACAACUGGUCGGAGCUGGAGAGAAGGCUGCCUCCUAGCUUGAGCAUGCUAAGUUCGGUUGUUGCCAUUACAACAUCGGGCUUCACUCACCGGGAACACAUUGAAGAUAUCCAGGCGUUCUUCAGCAGCAAGAGCACCAAGGGCUUCGAUAUGGCGCUGUCUCAGAGCAUCGACGCCAUCAGUGCCAAAGCCGCAUGGCUUGAGAGAGAUGCGGAGGAUGUCAAGACGUGGCUGCAGGAACAUAAAUACCUGCAGUAG